AUGGCGAUAGUCCACGUCGUUCUCUUCAAGCUGAAAGCCUCUUUGAGCGACGAUGAGAAGAAAGCAUUCUGCGAUGACAUGUUAGGACUCAAAGAUACGUGUAUCCAUCCCACGUCUCAACAGCCUUAUAUCGUCACCUCGUCGGGAGGGAUUGAUAAUAGUCCUGAAGGGGCGCAGGGCGGGUUCACGCACGGGUUUGUGGUUGAAUUCGCUUCUGCACAAGAUCGUGAUUAUUAUGUCAAUGAUGAUCCGUCUCAUCAGGCUUUCGUCAAGAAGAACGGUGAGCGGUUUGACGAUGUGAGGGUCAUCGACUAUGAAAAAGGUGUUUAUUAG